AUGAAAUUAAUAGAGGAAUUAAAUACUCCAAACUGUACUUAUAGAUAUGAUUUAAACGACAAUUUAAUCAAAUUAAUCUCUCUAUGGCUAGACGGCCCAAUUACUAUAAUCGCUGCACUCCUAGCUUUUGUGGGAUGUCAUUUUGCUGUUAGAUUUUUGGCUAGAGCUGGGCUUAAUAGAGACUUGACUGCUGCUUUAUACACUCUUUGUAUUUGUGAUUCUUUCCUUAUUUCAAUGGUUGUAGUCUACCAUUCAUUAGAAGCUUGUUCAAUUCUCUUAUUGGGCACUAAUGUUAUGUGGGACGAACAAAGCAGUGUUCUAAUAACUCAUGGAAUUGUUAGUGCAGCGACUACUUCUUCUGUUAGUUUUUUUACUUGUCUUAUUUGUUUGCCUCGUUACGAGGGUGAAAAUGAGCAAUACCUAUAUUUAAGAUAUGUACUCCUAUUAAGAGACCCUUUUAAAUUUGAUUGA